UUGUAGAUAGAUCUAUCAAUACAACCUUCAACUAUCCUACAGUUUUUGAUUUAGACGGAGGGGACAGUAACACGGGGAUGACUCAGCGCCAAGAAAUCAAGGCUCGAAUAGCCAAAAGCAAAAAUUAUUCGAGCUUGAAAUCAGACCGUCCCAUCCACACCGUACGAACAGUCCGUUUCCCACAUCAACACAAGCAGUGUUUGCAAUUAGCCUAUACCGAACGUCGCCAUGUUCGCCGUUCCCGGAUGGUCUAUUUCAAAUGCGGAAUUGAAGCUACAAACGGAGUAUAAAGCUAAAACAGAACAUCCGCCUCCUCAACCACAGGACUCUACGGAACCGAAUGCCGAAUCCAAGAAGCGGAAAAGAAAACAGGGAAAGGAUCUCAAUGACCAAAAGGUCACCAAGGGCAAUGUGGAUGAGAUGUGGAGGAGGGUUAUCGAAGGGGAAGCACCCAGUUCGGGCAAAAAGAGUGGCGCCCAGAUAAAGGGAAUGAAGAAGCGGAGGAAGUUAGAGAAAGCUGCUGAGAAUGGAGCCGUUCAGGGAUUGAAGGAUACGGGCGCUGAAGGGACCAAAUCGAAAGACGCCUCUAUCUCCCCACCUGCAACUCCAGCAGAUUCUAUUGGUUCAUUUAAGAAAAGCAAGAAACACAGGAAGCGCAAAGGAGAAAAUAAUGCUGAACAAACGAACGUGGCGGCUACAAAUACACCAGGAGCAGUCGACUCCGUACCCCCUGCUCCUCCACCAUCAACAUCCCUCACACCGCUCCAGCAAUCCAUGCGCCAAAAGCUUCUCUCAGCCCGAUUCCGUCACCUCAACCAGACCCUGUACACCACACCGUCCAGCCAAGCCAUGGAACUUUUCACCUCCAACCCGGAGCUCUUCUUAGAAUACCAUGCAGGCUUUACCCGACAGGUACAGGAGUCCUGGCCGUCGAAUCCCGUCGAUGGGUACAUCAGUGCCGUGAAGACUCGCGGCGCCCUGCGCCCACCCAAUCAGAGGGGUGGUCAGAACAGAAAGCCAGAUAAAAACGAGCGGAGAGCCGCUGCUCUUGGGCCCUUACCACGAAGGCCCAAUGGGCUCUGCACGAUAGCAGACAUGGGCUGUGGCGAUGCUAAACUUGCCCGGGUUCUGACACCGUCAGCCAAGGCUUUGAAACUCAAGUUGCUUAGCUUUGAUUUGCAUGUGGCUGAUCCGCUGAUUAUGAAGGCAGAUAUUUCUGCGUUGCCGAUUGCGGAUGGGACGGUCGAUGUGGCUAUUUUCUGUCUUAGUUUGAUGGGGACGAAUUGGGUGUCCUUUAUUGAGGAGGCGUGGAGAGUACUAAGGGGUGAUGGGAAAGGAGAGUGCUGGGUGAGUGAGGUUAAGAGUCGGUUUGGGAAAGUUGCUCGGAGGAACAAGAUCGGGCAGAGGGGAGGUGGAGCUGGGGCGGGGAAGAAAGAGAGGAAGAAAAAGAGUGGUAAAGGGAAAGAUAACGAAGACGAGGAGGCGAUUGAUGAUGAGGAGAUAUUCCUAGAGGAUCAGGUUAAUACUGCUGCAGAUGAGACGGAUAUUUCUGCAUUUGUGGAAGUACUGAGGACUCGUGGUUUUGUGCUUAAGCAGGAGUCGGUGGAUAAGUCGAACAAAAUGUUUGUCAAGAUGGAGUUUGUCAAGCAUGGGCAUCCGACUAAGGGCAAAUGGGCUGUUAAUGUGAACGACACCAGGUUUGGGAAGAAGAAAUUCAUUGAAAAUGAUGACGGUAACGGGAUGGCGCCUGAAGAAGAGAGUAAGGUGCUUAAACCGUGUGUAUAUAAGACCAGAUAGAUUUUCGAAGUAUCCAUCAUUCAUUAUAUUUUAUGUCAUGUUUUACUAUGCGUAUUGUUAUUUCUAGUUCAGACAUCUUGGCUAGGAACCAUGGAGGUGGGUUUAUUGUUUGAAAUUUCUUGAGUCCGCAUGGUCUCGUUUUAUUCGCUAAAUAUCAUGGAGCGUUCAUACUAAUUCCCUCCCAAAGUUGACACAACCCG